CCAUUUGCAGUAUUGGCCGACGCACGACAUAAUCAACUUAUUAACAGAAAUGCUUUGACGUACGUGAAAAACCAAAACGUCCAUGUUAUCAUUUAUGAUUUGGUAGAGGAAAAGUGAUGGUAAAUUAAUUUAUUAGCAAUGUACUCGAAACAAUGAGGAAAUUAUAUCGUUCCGGUAGCGAAGGCCAUUUACCUUUUCUCGUUAAUCCAAUCUCAGAAAAGAGAGCAUCUCUACGUAUGUGCCGAUACUGGCGAUCACUGGCUCGUUUACAACGUUUCGCUGUGCUCAUUUCACUCCUUUUUCUAUUGAUGAUAUGCUUUAUUGCUGCAAAAGACACAAUAGGUGUGGAUAAUAUAUAUCAGUUACCAAAAAAUAUUGCAAAUGGUGCAGAACCAAUCGAUAUGCCGCCUGAUAAUUAUAAGUCACCAGAAGAAGUGCCGUAUAAAAAAUCAGCACCGGUGAAUGAAAGUCGUGAAAGAUCUAAAAGCAAUGAAGGAAAGAAUAAUAAUGAUGCAAAUAAAGAAAAGAUUCAGAGACUCAAGUACGCCAAAUUUAAAGGGCCACAAAACGAUAAACAGAAAGCAGUCGUAGAAGCAUUUAAGCAUGCUUGGAAAGGAUAUAAGAAAUAUGCUUGGGGACAUGAUCAUUUAAAACCGGUUACGAAGUCGUAUAAUGACUGGUUUGGUUUAGGAUUGACGAUUGUUGAUUCUUUGUCAACUGCCAUUAUUAUGGGACUUAAUGAUGAAUUCGAAGAAGGGCGAAAUUGGGUUGCUGAAUCACUAUCAUUUGAAAAGAAUCAUUUUGUGAGUUUCUUCGAAACAACCAUACGUGUACUUGGUGGCUUAUUAAGUGCUUAUCAUUUGAGUGGAGACCAAAUAUUUGUUCACCGUGCCCAGGAUCUUGGCUCUCGCCUUACUGCCGCUUAUGCAACCUCAUCUCCUGUUCCAUAUAGCGACGUCAGCCUUACGAAUAGGGAGGGAAGACAGCCGUCGUGGAAUACUUAUUGUUCUCUUUCCGAAGUAACUAGUGUUCAGUUAGAAUUGCGAGAUCUUUCUCGAGUAACUAACAACAGUACCUAUGAAAUGCUUGCAUUUCGGACAUCCGAACAUGUACACAAUGAAGGUUGUCAAGAAUACGAUGGGCUGUGCGGUAUGUUUAUCAGUCCAGUAACAGGACGAUUUAAAGAACAUGUGACCGUUACUAUGGGUGCACGAGCAGAUAGCUACUAUGAAUAUCUAUUGAAGCAAUGGUUACAAACCGGCAAAACAAUGGAUUGGCUGAAAAAUGAUUAUAACCAAUCAAUGGCAGCAAUGGAAAAAUAUCUUUUGCGAUACACAAAACCGAAUAAUUUUGCUUUCGUUGGUGAAAUAAUAGGUGAUAAUGUAUACUCCCCGAAAAUGGUAUUUUAAUUUAUGGUUUUUGGACUUGUGCAAUUGAUUUGAUAACGGAAGUGAUAACACACAAUAGCAGACUCUUUUGUAUUCGUAUUUUAAUUAUGUUAAUCUCAACUUGCAAAUACUAAAUGACCUCAUUUGGUGUAAUAUUGUAAUCUAUCUUUCAGGGCAUGCGCACGUCUUAUCGUGCAUCAUUUUAACACUGGAGGAGUGUUGUAGAUGUUGCAAUAUAAUAUAAGUGAUUAUGUCUUCAAAGGUAAAUUUUUAGGAUCAUUUGGCAUGCUUUAUCGCUGGUACCCUUGCACUGGGUAGUCUGAAUGGUUUGCCAACAAAGCAUAUGGAGCUUGCAAAAGAUAUUGCGAAUGGAUGUCAUCAGAUGUACAAAACAAAAACUGGUUUAGGUCCAGAAAUCGUUUAUUUCAACAUGGAUCCAGCAAAUAUUCAAGAUAUUACAGUAAAACACAUGGAUGCACAUAGUUUAUUGAGACCGGAAGCUAUUGAAGCUUGGUUUUAUCUUUACCGAGCAACAGGUGACAAGAUUUAUCAACAGUGGGGAUGGGAAGCUUUCAAUGCUAUCGAAAGUUUUGCAAAGCUUGAAUAUGGUUAUUCGUCUGUGAAUAAUGUCAAAAGAAUACCCGUGACACAUAAAGAUAUGAUGGAAUCGUUUUUUUGGCUGAAACUUUGAAAUAUCUUUAUCUUUUAUUUGAUGAUGACAAAACUGAUAUUCCUCUCGACAAAUAUGUCUUUAAUACGGAAGGUCAUCCAUUGCCAAUUUAUGACCACUGAAAAUAUUGUUCAUAAGUAUACGCCUUCAGUUCAAAUUAAUGAUUAAUGAUGGAAGUGCAAAGUGUCGGAAAACUGCUCUACAUAGAUUUUUUUAAAUUUAUCAGCUAAAACUGAAUCGCGCUUCUGUAUCACCGAAUUUCCCACUCUGCUUGAAACUUCUGGGAAUAUUUUUCUGGUGCACUUCAAUCUGUGUAUUUGGCCGUUCCAGUGCAACAGCCGUCCCAUGCGAUUUAAAGCUUUCGAAUCUUAGAGCUUUUUAAUUGGAUUUUAAAUUUGGAAGAUGGUAUUUCAGAAUUUUCGAUACGUCAUGUUCUUUUUAUCUCUUCAUAGUUGAUUUCAAUAUCCGGUCAAAUUACAUAAUGCAAUAAAAUUAUGCUGGUUAAUUUUCUUCAUUUCUUUUGUCAGUUUUCAGAAAUUUAAAGAGUCAUAUUGUAAUUUAACCUCUUAAUGCUGCUUAAUACUGUUAUAAUUUAUGCACGUGAAUUAUGCCGCCGGUGACCUCAUCUGCAACUAGUCUUUCUCAGUUUCAUUAUGCUUUGUUUUUUUUCGUAAUUUUCAGAAGUUUAGGAACGGUCUUCUUUUUGUUCUUCGAAAAGGACAGGUAAGAAUAUGGCAAAUCAUUGGAGAUUGUUAAUUGUGGACUGGUAUUCACCUGAAUCUGAGGGAUUCCUUCAUUUUUUGAAAUUCGUGCUCACCUUUUAUGAAAGAUGGAAAUGAGUGUUGGCUAAUCCUUCCUUUCUUAUCCAUAUGCAUUGUAAGGCGCAUUCGGGCGCAUGUUUCUACAAUUGGAUGUUGCAUUUUUAACCGCUCGAAGGAUCCGUCUUUCAGUACUAACUUUCUAAUGACUUUAAUUUGCUGGUGUGGAACCUGGUGAGUUUUUUACUCUCUCUUCUCACCCGCUUGAACUCGGCCAUUAAGAUAAGCAAUUUGUUGAAUUUAGAUGUCUUUUAACGUUGAAAAUGUUUGUUUUCAAGUUAGUUGUUACAUUACUCCAUUGAUAAUAUCUUUUAUUACAAACGCUUUAUUUUGUCCCGGUUUAUAUUGUUAUCACUUUAAUUUUCAGUCAUUACUUUUUUCAUAUGUUCUUAAUUACAGAAAGUUGCAUGCAUAUGUGUAGCAAAUUGUCUGCUCUAUGAAUAGAUGUAAAUUAAUUACAUUCAAUGCGUAAGAUGAAUGUAAUGCGUAAGAUGAGUGUUCCCCUAUUCAGCGUAAUCACUUAUUACUAUCCUAUUUAUCCGUACUUAGAAUAUCCGCGAAAUAAAGCUUAAUUUGUGUCC